AUGUCAUUACAUCGAUCCAAAGCAGCCAUUAUAGGACUGCUUGAAGCCAACAGAGUUAAUGAGUGGAUCGUGACCGAGAAGCUAGGUAAUAUGAUGAAGCAGACGUUCAAUGUGAACACGGCAAGGAGGCCACGAUCACGCAUAAGAGAAAGGAUCCAUAUAUUGGAGCUUAUAAUGGGGAUGUGCUUGCUGCAUUGUGCUGUGUACAACAUGUUCUAUGGGAACAAUCAUUUCUUCAUUUAUCUACUGCUGCAGGCAGCGGCCUUUUUUGUAGUCGGACUUGGAUAUGUUGGAACAGUCAUACCCAACUAA